GAAAAAGCCGAUUUCACUGGAUGAAUGAGGAAACCACCUUAAGGAAGCAAACCCAGUCUUGAACAUUGCCCAGGAAGACGCUCUGCUGGACGUCUCCGCCUCAGGUUUCUGCUGAAUCCCUGCUUCACUCUUGACGCAAGCAAUUCAACCUUCUGCAUCUUGUUCGUCGCGACCCAGUUUACAGUUCCAACUUUUAGCAAGACGUACGCAAUUUAAAAAAUGGCUGCUGUCGCUGCUGUCUCUUCCCGGGCCCUGGCCGCUCCUAGCUGCGGGCUGCGUCAGGUGAACCGGCUAGACAAUGUGGCCCCCAGCCAUGCGGCGGUGCUGCCGCGGGUGGCACAGAGCAGCAGGGUGGUGUGCCUAAACCCGUCCAUUGUCAUCUCAGGGUCCACCGCGCUGUCACUGGCUUUGGGGAGGUUCGCGUUCCGCCCUUUCUGGAAGAGAACAAACGAGGAGCAAGGGCGCCCAGUGCAGAACGGUGUCACCCACGAGGACGCGGGUGACUCCAGGGCAGCUGAGGUCUCGUCUGUGUUGAAGAGCAACGACCCAGAGGGUUUCAGUGUUGUCGAGGUCCUCGCAUGGGGUGCCAUUGGCCACGCAAUUGCAUACUUCAUUCUUGCAACUGCCUCCAACGGGUAUGAGCCCAAGUUUUAGGGAUCUGUACAAUCUGAACAGCGCGAGUACUUGAGUCUGCAAGGAACACGAUGUGGGCUGCUCUUCUGGCAAGCAACUCAGUCAAGUUGCUGUUGAGAAGAGAGCCGAAUCAGUGGCGCCAGCUUAGUUGAUGCUAUUUGCGACGAACAUUUAAGACUGGAGCUUGUGUACAUGUAUAGAGACUGGUGCUUCAUACAAGCAGUUUGUGAUUCUCUGCAAGUGAAUACGUCUUGGCAAGCCUGAGCUCUUGAUCAAAAGAGGAAUGAUCAUCUUGGUUGUAAUCAUAAUCGAGUUUUGCUGCACAAGAAAUUCUUUCACACUGAGCGAAGGGAAGUGUGUCAAUUGCCCGUCGCGGCAGUGAGUUUCGGCUUGUGAAAGUCAAAGCAAAUCUACCACAGCGGAAAGGUAACCCAUCUAGACUGCACAUGUCACGGAACCGUGCUUGUGAAGCGCCACGACUCUUUGGCCAUAUAUAGACUGAUUGCUUGAUGGGCGCCUUCCAAGCCUUGCUUUGCGGCCUUUCCAUUCUGGACUUUUAUGGGAGUGUUUGCGCACCCGUCGUCCCGCACCAG